GACGCACGAGAUGUGAAAAUUCGCUUAUUUGCCUCGUAAUUUGCGCAUUAUUGAAAUAAAUAACAACAAUUUACACCAAAAACCUUCGCAAAUUCACCGAUAGCAUUUACGUAAGUUCGAAUUUGCUUGACACCUCCUCGUAAAGGUAAGCAAAGAUGGGAAACUCAGUGUCGGCAGCUGAGCUCAUGGCCGAGCAUAUUGUUCGUCCAGCUACGGAAAAAAGUGCUCCAGCGGGACAUCAUGCAAAAUACGACAUGUCCGGUGAGCCACCUCCAGAAUGUCCCAUGCAUCGAGGCGGCGGUGCCAAAGCUGCAUCCAAAGAAAAACCCAUUCUCAUGGAUGGUGCAGAGAUAAAGGAUGGCAAAAGUGACGACAUAAAUCCGUAUAACAUGAUGCCACCGGCAAAUCAGAACCCAGCUCCCGGACAACCAUUCCCGCUUCCGAUCGAGCGGCAGGUGUCGUCGAUUCCCAAAGUGACGGAAGAUGGAAAGGCCGACUUUUGGGUGUAUCCUAGCCAACAAAUGUUCUGGAAUGCCAUGUUGCGGAAGGGAUGGCGCUGGGAAAAGGACGAAUUGAAGCCCGAAGACAUGGAUAAUAUUAUUAAGAUUCACAAUGCGAAUAACGAACAAGCUUGGCAGGAGGUACUUAAAUGGGAGGCAUUGCACUAUCACGAAUGUAACCUUCCGCGACUAAAGAGUUUCGGUGGUAAAGCUACACAAUACAGUCCAAGAGCGCGAUUCCGUGCACUGUUAGGAUAUGAACUUCCUUUUGAUCGUCACGAUUGGAUUGUUGAUCGAUGUGGUAAAGAUGUACGUUAUAUCAUCGAUUACUACGACGGAGGCAUGGUUGAUGAAAAAUACAAGUUUGCCAUAUUAGAUGUGAGGCCAGCCAUGGACUCGUUCGAUAACGUCUGGGAUCGCAUGAAGGUUUGUUAUAUGCGAUGGAAGUAUGAACUUUUGGGAAAGCUCCCCACUACUAAUCCAGGAAGUGAAUAAAUUAGAAUCAGCAUGCACAUCUAACUUUAGUCUAAUUUAUCACCGAAAAUCCCAAAAACAUUUGCUGAUCGUUUAUUUAAUAAUUUUAAAGUAAUAAAACAAUAAAUUAAAUAUCUACAGAACGUAA